AUGAGAUUAGAACAACGACAAUCACACCGUUUUACUGUCAAUAGACACAGAUCGAAUGACCAACAACGCCAACAGGCACAUCGAGCAUUUGUAGCUACAUCAUUUCUGCGUCUAGCAUUCCAGUAUGAGCCCGAUAUUGAAUAUUAUGCUCAUUCAAAAGUAGUAAUUGGUGCUAUGGACAAAAAAUGCCCGUAUUGUCAUGCUUUGAAAUUCAAAAAUAAACCAGCCGGGAUGUGUUGCGCGUCAGGGAAGGUACAACUACCUGUAAUUGAAACACCACCGGAACCAUUGAACAGUUUGCUUAUCGGCACAGAUCCAGAUUCUAACGUGUUCCUGAAGUCCAUUCGAACAUUCAACUCAUGCUUUCAAAUGACAUCGUUUGGAGCAAUAGAAAUAGUUCAAAAUACUAAUGCAAAUGGUCAACAAUAUAAUUUUACAUUUAAAAUCAGAGGCCAAGUUUAUCAUAAAAUAGGCUCAUUGCUGCCAAAGCCAAACGAACCACAUAAAUUUUUACAAAUCUACUUUAUGGGCGGCGAGGACUCCGGAAGCGCACUAGCCAAUCGGGUGGAUGCACGUUAUGGCUACAAUAACCUUGAUUCAUUCGAUAAUCACGCUAUUGUUAUUAAUCCUGAUAAAACACCAGCUGGAGAAUACAUUCGUAGAUUCAAUGCACCUGUUGCUGACGACGUUGCUGGAAUCAUGGUUGGCGAUCGUACAGGUGCACGAGAAAUUGUGAUUCGUAGGAGAAAUAAUAAUUUUCAGUUCAUUGCUGAUACACACCGUUCAUAUGACGCUCUCCAAUAUCCGCUAAUCUUCUGGAAGGGACAAGACGGAUAUAGCAUAAAUAUUAAACAACGAGAUCCCGUAUCAGGAGCCGAAACAAACAAGAACGUUAGCUCGAAGGAUUAUUAUGCGUAUAGAUUGAUGAUUAGACGCGGGCUGGAUAACGUCAUUCUACGAUUUCGAGAGCUUUGUCAACAAUUCUUGGUCGACAUAUACGCGAAGAUAGAAGGUGAACGACUACGAUACUUACGAUAUAAUAAACUCAAGCUACGUGUGGAAGAGUACAUUCACUUGCGCGACGCUAUUGUCAACAACGCCGACGCCGCCGAAAUUGGUAACUCUGUCAUUUUACCAUCAUCGUACGUAGGCAGUCCACGUCAUAUGCAAGAGUAUAUACAGGAUGCUCUGACUUUCGUGCGCGAAUAUGGGCGACCGUGUUUAUUUAUCACGUUCACAUGUAAUCCAAAAUGGCCAGAGUUUACAUCUUUGCUGUUGCCUGGCCAAAAUGCAAUACAUCGUCAUGACAUUACAGCACGUGUGUUUAGACAAAAGCUGAAGUCAUUAAUAAAUUUUAUUACUAAAUCAUAUGUAUUCGGUCCCACACGUUGCUGGCUGUAUUCGGUUGAGUGGCAAAAGUGAGGAUUACCUCAUGCCCACAUUUUGGUAUGGUUAAUCAACAAAAUCCGUCCUGAAGAAAUAGAUAAUAUAAUUUUUGCAGAAAUUCCCGAUCCGUCUACUGAUCAAUUGUUGUUUGAUAAUGUUACAGCAAACAUGAUUCAUGGCCCAUGCGGUACUUUUAAUCUUUCAUCGCCUUAUAUGUCAGAUGGAAAAUGUACAAAAAAUUUCCCUAAAGAUUUCACUAACGAUACAAUCACAAAUGUCGACGGAUAUCCAAUAUAUCGUCGAAGGAAUCCAGAUAAUGGCAGACAAUCAUUUAUUAAAAACAUCAGCAACACAGCCAUUGAUAUUGACAAUCGUUGGGUCGUGCCAUAUUCGCCCCUGCUGAGCAAAACAUACAAUGCUCAUAUUAAUGUUGAGUUCUGCAGUUCUGUGAAGAGCAUCAAAUACAUUUGCAAGUAUGUCCAUAAAGGCAGUGAGAUGGCGGUGUUU